AUGUCUCUUUGGUUCAUCCUUUGGUUGACUAUAAAUUUUGGAAAUAAUUUUUAUGGAAUUAGGUUGUCCCUAGGUGCCAGAAUUAAUCCCCGUCCCAGUAAACGAUCAGUUAAGAGCUCUUUUUUAAGGUCAACAGAAUCUAAACCUGAGGCCAGUGAAAGAGACAACGACAACUAUGGGUUUGUUAAGGGGUUAAUUAAAGUAAAAGUGUUUGGGAAUUUACACAAAUUUGCGUAUUAUUAUGUGUAUGUUGGAAUAGGGAAUCCGAAAACUAAACAGAUGUUAAUUAUUGAUACUGGUUCACAGCUUAUAAAUGUGGCAUGUGGAAAGUGUAAGGAGUGUGGAAAUCAUCUUUUGCCUAACUACGAAUUAGGGGCUUCGGUAACUCAUAAAUUGAUCGAUUGUGAUAGUGAAUUUUGCAAGGCUGUUGAAGGAAAAUGUGGUCUAGAUGAGUCGUGCCUUUUCAAUGAAUCGUACUCAGAAGGAAGUAAUGUAGAGGGUAAAGUCGUAGGAGAUUUAAUUAGUUUCGAUAUAAAGAAAGACUCGAGUUAUCUAUCCACAUUUUUCAACUAUAUUGGCUGUGUAACUAACGAAAGCCAACUAAUAAAGUCACAAAUUACAAACGGAAUUUUAGGAUUGGCUAAAAGCGAUAAGCCAACUCUAAUAAGCCAUGAAUAUUUUGAGACACAAAGUUUCAUAGAAAAGUAUUUAACUGAUCACUUUAGACCAAUGAAAAAGAUUUUUUCACUUUGCCUAUCUGAAAAUGGAGGAGUAAUGACUCUGGGAGGGGUUGACGACCAGUUGAACCUGAAAAUUAAGAAUACAACACAAUUGAUUUGGGCACCCUUGGUCAAGUCGGAGUUUUACAUCAUUAAAGUAUUAGACGCUUCUUUUCAGGAAAAUAAAAUAGAAUUUAAAAAUAAAAAUUUUGUUCUUGACACUGGUACUACUAUCAGCACACUAGAGAAAGAAGUGUUCAACAAGAUUCAUAAAAUAUUUGAGGGUCUCUGUGAAGACAUCACUAAGCUUUCUAAUGAAAAGAAAACCUCAUCGAAGUGUACGGUGGAUAAAAAAACCGGUAAGAUGUGCUUCAGUGAUAUUUCAAAGCUCCCUUCAAUCGUUUUAACAUUUGAAAAUGGAUCGAACUUUGAGUGGACCUCGGACUCUUAUAUGAUCAAUAGGACUAAUAAAAGAACGGUAAAUGAUUACAGCUGGUGGUGUUUGGGAAUAGAAAGUAGCAAAAGUAAUGAAUAUAUUUUGGGCGCGACCUUUUUCAAAAAUAACCAUGUUAUAUUCGACCUAAACAAGGACGUUGUCGGUAAGUCAAGAAACCCAAUCAUGAGUUUGCAGGACUGUCCCCUGGAAAAUCCGAAAAGGACCGAAUUUAACCGCUUUUUUCUAUUGUGUAAGGCACUAAAUUUGAAGAUGCUAGAUCUUGGAAAAAUUGGGCAAGAUUGUGAGGAUUCCAUUAAAAAGGUGUUACACAUUAUGGUGCCACAACACCACCAUUCAGUAUAUGAAUUUUUGUAA